ACUCUUACUUUGAAGGGUUAACCGGAUGUACUAAUUGUGCGCUGAGUAUUCUAUUGGAGGCGUAGUGUCAAGCUUGCUAGCAAACAUCACAGGAUUAGCUUUGUAUUGUCAUGUCGAUACCAGGAUUUAUGUUGUAUUCGCUUGUAUCCUUCGUGGAAGGAAAGUAAAUCUGGGUGGGCAGCGAAAGUGUGAGAUGAAAUGUCAACGUCAACAUUGCAGAAAGCGAUCGACCUUGUGACCAAAGCCACAGAAGAAGACAAGGCUAAGAACUACGAAGAGGCGUUGCGACUUUACCAACAUGCCGUGGAAUAUUUUCUACACGCCAUUAAAUAUGAAGCCCACAGCGACAAGGCGAAGGAAAGCAUUCGAGCAAAGUGCAUGCAGUAUUUGGACCGAGCGGAGAAACUGAAGGACUACCUGAAGAACAAGGACAAGCAAAGCAAAAAACCUGUGAAGGAGUCACAGAGCAAUGACAAGAGUGACAGUGACAGUGAGGGUGAAAAUCCAGAGAAGAAGAAGCUACAAGAGCAACUUAUGGGUGCAAUUGUGAUGGAGAAGCCCAAUGUGAGAUGGAAUGAUGUGGCUGGACUAGAAGGAGCCAAAGAAGCUCUGAAGGAAGCUGUCAUCCUUCCCAUCAAGUUUCCUCACCUCUUCACAGGUAAGCGGACACCAUGGAGGGGCAUUUUGCUGUUUGGACCACCAGGGACCGGGAAGUCGUACCUGGCAAAGGCUGUGGCUACUGAGGCCAACAACUCCACUUUCUUCUCCGUCUCGUCCUCAGAUCUCAUGUCCAAGUGGCUGGGCGAGAGUGAAAAACUUGUAAAGAAUCUGUUUGACCUGGCCCGCCAGCAAAAACCUUCCAUCAUUUUCAUCGAUGAGGUGGACUCACUAUGCGGUUCCAGGAACGAGAAUGAGAGCGAAGCAGCUCGAAGAAUCAAGACAGAAUUUCUGGUCCAAAUGCAAGGUGUGGGAAACAACAACGAUGGUAUUUUGGUACUGGGGGCCACCAACAUUCCCUGGGUGCUUGAUGCUGCUAUUCGGAGAAGAUUUGAGAAGCGUAUUUACAUCCCGCUACCUGAAGAGCCGGCCCGCGCACAGAUGUUCCGCUUGCAUCUGGGCAACACACCUCAUAGCCUGAGCGAGGCGGACUUGCGGCAGCUUGCCCACAAGACAGACGGCUACUCUGGUGCUGACAUCAGCAUCAUCGUACGGGACGCCCUCAUGCAGCCUGUUAGGAAGGUCCAGUCUGCGACACACUUUAAAAAGGUACGUGGGCCAUCACGCAGCAACAACCAGGUAAUGGUGGACGACCUAUUGACACCGUGUUCCCCUGGUGACCCCACUGCCAUAGAAAUGACUUGGAUGGACGUGCCUACAGAUAAGCUGCUGGAGCCAAUAGUCUGCAUGUCCGACAUGCUGCGUUCUCUGUCCACCACGCGGCCAACAGUCAACACUGAAGACCUGCUGAAGGUGAAGAAGUUCACUGAGGACUUUGGGAUGGAAGGCUGAGUGUGAUGAGUCUCAAGGUAGAUGAAUGGAAAAAGGCGAGAUUUUCUCUUAUUUAAUCCUCCAGUCUGCUACGUUUGCAUCUUGGAGAGCUGACUAAAUCCUAGCAUAGAAAACUCUGACGCUCCAUUGCAUCAGAAAAAGUCACUUGAUGACGAGCAGGUUGUUCUAUUUUAUUUUGGCUCUAAGAUGACGUGUUGAAGGAGGAAGAAUCAGGUGACCUAAUGUUUUUAUUUAACACCUGUGUGUUUACGUCACGUUGAGCAGUCAUUGCUGCCAUGUGCUGCUUGAGGUCAGCCAUUCUGCACAUUUUAGUAUCGCCCAGUAAAUACUUUGGACUUGAAAUGAAGAAUUUUGUCUUUCAUUUGUUAAUGGUGAUAAUAAUCAAAAUAAAACCCUGGACAAAAACUACAGUGGUACCUCAGCUGUCGUACUCCACAUUUUUCAUGUGAUUUAAUUUUUAAACAAAAUUUUGCGGGUUUCAUAGACGGUCUUGGUUAUCAUAAAUUGUUUAACAAGCUUACCUGAUUGAUACGCUGGCAACAACAACGUUGGUGACUCUGUUUUCUGCACUUUUUUUAUUGAUCGCAAAAUAAUCCACCAUGGGGCCAAAGAAAGUUGUGAAUGACAGAACUAUGAUAAGUGACAGGUGUGUCCAAACUUUUUCCAGAAGUAAUGAAGGGUGAUACAUUUUAAACAUUCAAGAUAUUGAAACCAUAAAAUGUAGAUUAGCGCCGCAUGAUUUUAAGGAAAAUACUGAAUCUUGUUUUAGAUUGUAUUCAUAAAACUGUUAAAAUAAGGAGUGAAGGAAAUUUUACUUUUUGUUAAUAUAUUUUUGUCUCUUGUUCAAUCAAUCAAUCCAUAUCCUUUAUUUAACUAGGUAAAAACUUAAGAUUAAAAUCUAUUUUCCAAGAGUGACCUGGCCAAGAGGGCAGGAAAACAAAGUGACAGAAAAACUUAUAAGAACAACAAAAACAGCAGCAGUCACAUACCACAAUUAAAAAAUAAAUGACUUACAUAUAUUAACAUAAACACAUGUGGUAGGUCAAAUCAAUGUAUAAAAUGUUGAACGUGCCUGGUAUGUUAACGUAACAUAUUAUGGUAAGAGUCAUUCAAAUAACUAUAACAUAUAGAACAAUCUGUCUGUCACUCCUAAUCGCUAAAUCCGAUGAAAUCUUACGUCUAGUCUCUUACGUGAAUAAGCUAAAUAAUAUUAUUUUAUAUUUUAAGGUAAUGUGUUAAUAAUUUCACACAUAAGUCGCUCCUCGCACCCCCAAACUAUGAAAAAAACUGCGAUUUAUAGUCCGAAAAAUACGGUAGAUGAAGUCCAUGCUUUCGGUCCUCUCAGAAAUCAAACCUGGAUCCACUGGUGUGAAAUUUUAGUGUGCUAGGUACCGAGCUAAACGCCUAAGCUGUCAACCGCUGUCCAGCACUAGCUUUUAUUGAUACAACAUUAUAUUAAUAAUGCAUUGCUGCGACAGGACUACCGUUUUGGCUAAUUUCGGGGAUAAAUCAAUGUUUGUUUGUUUUUUUUUGUUUUUUUUUACCAAAAAUAUUACCUGAUUGUAUGGAACAUUACCUGCAAACAAGCUUACUUUUAGGGGGGGGAAAUGUCAUCACCAAAUAAUGCUUAUAAACAGCAAAGGUAAUAUUGCAAAGAUGGCCGCCACUGCACACACUUAAUGCCACAGGUCAGAAUGACUUGAGUAACCAUAAUACAUUGCUGCGACAGUACAGCGUUUUUCCUCAUUUUUGGACUAAAUGUUUUUUACGACAACAAAUAUAUUUCCUGGUAGUGGGGAGCAUUCAUUUGCAAUCAAAAUUAUUUUUACGGGGAGAAGUUAAAACCGUAAGAAAAAAUGGUGGGAAGGAUAACAGUUAUUUUGUCCGAUGUUGUGGCAAAAUGUGAAUACAAGAAAAAACAGGAAUUUAUGCAAUUUAUAAAAUAUGGAAAAGUUUAGAAAGACAAAUGCUUUGAUGGUUGAACAAUUGAAAUUGAUUGAAAAAUGUUGGAGGAGUCGAAAGGAAAAAAAGGUGAAAAUACCGGAAAACGAUGAAUUCCGGUAAAACCGGUAAUUUAGGGAUACGUUUAAUGAACCCGCGUGUCCUGAGUGCGCUGUACAUUUUGAAAUUCUAACAAUAAGAAUCGGAUUUGUAGAGUAGAGUAACAUGCCUUGCGGCAUUAUCAUAGUAGCAGUAAUCAUAGAUGAUACAUAAAUCUACUCCAGAAUCAUAACAAUAGGCUUUUAUUGUCUUUGCACAUUUAAGUACCAGUAGUGUGGAAAAACAAGUUGCCUCCAUAUUGAAGCUGUUAUCAUAUACAAGGCUGCCAAGUUUCAGAAAAUGACAAGAGUGAGACUUUGGUGGCAUGAUGCAUUUGAAAGAAAAUUGGCUUAUUUUAACACCAAUUUGGCCUGUUUUAAUGUCAAUUUAUACCUAAAGACUGAUGUCCUCACCUCCAACAGCUCUCCCUGCACUGUGGCCUCCUAAUGUUAAUCUUAAUUAACCAGAAAUUAGAAAUGAAAAUCAUCUCCACUGUUUUCUCGGCUGGCUCUUCUGCAUUUGUGUUCUCAAUUUGUACUCUUCGACAUCUCCGUCCUCACUGUCCUCAAUAUCUUCUGAUCUCUCUCCAUCUUCCAGUGCUCAGUAAGGAAAGUAGCUAUUGGCUGUCAUAAAAGUUGCUAGAAGUUGAUAGAUGACAACAUUGCCUCAUUUGCAUAAUUGAUUACAAUGGACGCUGUAGGAGAGAGAAAUAACGUAAUGGGAGACGUAAAAAGUGAGCUAAAAGAUGCAAAUUAUGAUUACAAUUUUAAGUACAUUUUCUUCUGUUGAUUAUUAGUUUAGUUGUAUUUUUCUUUGUUCUACGUCGUUAAAUGUUAGAGUAUCAAAUUGGAUCAAAUUACUAAAGGGUUGUGAUAUUUACGGAUAAACCAAAUCUACUGACUGGCCAUAACGUAAAACCCACAAUGCAUUGUGUUUCCUACAUCACUCUUUGCAGUCCUAAAGUGAACACUUUUACUGUGUACUUAAUGAUCGCUAUAGAAGGUUUGGAUUGUACUUGGAUUGACUUUGUUUCUCAGAGAAAAAAAAUGAUUCAGUUUUCUUACGAUUCUGUUUCCAUCAGAACUUUUAUAAGAGAUUAAUAUCGAAAACUGAGGUACCACUGUGAGUGUAGACAACACACAAAAAAGCACACAUUAGUAAAAAUGAACGAAGAAGAUAUCUAAAAAUGUAAAUUCGAUCAUGGUAGUAUCAACCUGAUUGUGAUAAUACCCUUGAUAUCGAUAUUAUUGGUAUUUGAAGCGAUCCAGCCUCACCCCCUAGUUGUUGUGUCAAUAACAACACAAGGUACGCUUCAAUGAUAACAAAUGAUGAAGAAAUACUUUCGAAGUCUGUUUGAUGGACUAUUCCAAUUCAUGUUUCGUCACCUAAGCUAGAAAAGUCCUCUCAAUAACAAAGAAUCCUUUAGAGAAAAAAAAAUCCUGAAUCCAGACGGUGAUCCAGAUCAGCCCCAAAUUUUAAUCACAUGUUCCUGAUCCAAUUUCUGACAUUUCAUUAAAGUUUCAUCAAAGUCUGUCUAUAACUAUUUAAGGUAAUAACACAUCAUGACUUGCCGAUGCUUCAGUCCUCAGACUUGAUUUCAUCUUUGGCAAUGCAGUACGGUCGUCGUGUACUUAACAGAAACGAGAAUCGCAACGCUUACUCCAUCUUCUCUCCUUUUAAUGUGAAUUUCAACCACUCCACUUAGUCCCUCCCACAGGAUGGUGACAUCACAUCUUGAGCACAUUCUGUGGUACUUCCUAUACGUAAUUUACUCAAAAGUCUACAGUAGGUCUCUGCCUUUUUUACCCAUGUACUGAAAUACACAUGCAGUAUCUCCUCUGUUAUGUACUACAGAACAAGUAUUUAGUCAGAGAACUUUUCUUCAUGAUGAGCUGAAAGUGGACAAAAGAAGUUGCAUAUUUAUGCACCAGGGUUAGCAGCAUGUGAAUGUGGUGUACUACAGUAGUGUGUACUUUUGGGGGUACACACGGGUCAAAUUGUUUGUUUAAGCAGGCUUGUGAACUAUAAUAAAAAAGUAACCUUUCAGUGCUUUGGACUUUAUUCUAUCAUCAAAGUGAUCAAAGACAAACAUCAAUAGAAAACAAUAA